AUGGGUUCAAAGCGUAAUUUUACGGAGGUUGGUGUGUCUUCAUACCAAGAAGAACCAUCUGUGGCCGUUGGAAGCUUCUUCAAAGGUUUCCAAGCACCAAACGAUACUUUAUUCGAACUUUACAAGAACAAAAAGGAUAGCGACAAAUUCGUUUUACAUGGAGAGAAUGAAAGAUUAGAAUAUGAGGGCAAGGUUGAUGAGGAUUUUGCAGCUUCUUCUCAAUAUGUCGUAGGUGUUUAUGAUGCCUCGACAAAAUCCGUGGAGUUAUACAAAGCGCCAAUGUUCUCUACAAAGGUUAUUUCCAAGUCCACUAAGAACUUAAUGGGACCUGCAAUCAAGCAAUCAGACGUACGUGCAUCGAUUAUGAGAAAUGCCUUGGGUGAAGCAUUUGGUACCAAGAAAGCGAAGAAAGCAAUUGCUGAUAUGGAAAGAAAUCGUAUCGAUUCGGAUAAACUUGUAGAUUCUGCUAUCGACAUUGUGGACUCUGUCAAGGCAGCUUCAAAGGACCUCCCAACACAAGAACAAUUAAAAGAAACUGUUUCUUCAGACAGACCUACUCCUGUUGCAAACUUGGACGCAACAGAUGUCGAACAAAUUUAUCCAUUAUACAACAUAAUACCCAAAAACGAAUGGGCAUUCAUUCGUGUUGGUCCAAUCAUGAAGGAAAAAGAUGCGGAAAAGAGGUUAGAAUACUUCCCACAUACAAAAUUCCAAUAUAUAGUCAAAAAGUUACCAACCUUGACUCAAGCCUCUCAAAUGCAGAAAUUACAGCUAUUGUACUACCUAUCUCUUUUGGUUGGUGUUUACGAUAACAGAAGAGUUAACAACAAAACGAAAUUGUUGGAAAGAAUUAAUAACCCUCCUGACGUUUUGCUAGAUGGUAUUUUGCAAAGGUUUACAAUUUCUAAGCCAGGUCAAUACGGUAAAUCUAAGGACAGAUCGUUCUUCAUUGACCCACAAAGAGAGGACAAGAUUCUAUGUUACAUUUUAACUAUAAUCAUGCAUUUGGACAACUUCAUCGUAGAAGUUCCGCCCUUAGCACAACAACUAAAUCUAAAGCCUUCAAGACUAGUAAAUCUUUUCAAGAUACUAGGUGCUACAGUGAAAGGUGCUACAGUAUCUCAAGCAGAGGCUUUCGGCAUUCCAAAAUCCUCUGCUGCUACAUACAAGAUCGCAACUUUAAGGGUUCCGUUCAAGCUUCCUGAAAUGACUAGAAGAGGUAGAGGACCAAGAAGGUAA